CUGGCCUGUGGGAACCAGUGGAGAAAUCCUGGGGCUGGGGGGGGGUUAAGUUUUCAUCUCUUAUCUAUCAGCAGAAUCGGCGGAGCAGACGCCUGCGAGCGCUGGAGGGAGGGAACUACACCGCCCAAGAAAAGAGCGAGCGGGCUGGGAGCCGCGGGGCAGAAUCGAACUGAGUGCAGGGUCUCUACAGGCCGGUCCGGCUCGGCGCCGCUCCCCUCGAGGCCAUGCUGCAGGCGGAGCUCCGGGCGAUUCCUAGCAUGCGAGACGACAGAACAGCCAAAGAACGGGGCUCCCCAUUGCCAUCUCCUUCGAGCACUUUUCCCUUGCUACUCGGAGCUGAUUUAUGCGGAAACAUGCCUUGCACUUGUACCUGGAGGAACUGGAGACAGUGGAUUCGACCUUUAGCGGUGGUCAUUUAUCUGGUGUCCAUAGUGGUUGCGGUUCCCCUAUGCGUGUGGGAAUUACAGAAACUGGAGGUUGGAAUACACACCAAGGCUUGGUUUAUUGCUGGAAUCUUUUUGCUGUUGACUAUACCUAUCUCGCUUUGGGUGAUAUUGCAGCAUUUAGUGCAUUAUACACAACCUGAACUACAGAAACCAAUAAUAAGAAUUCUUUGGAUGGUACCCAUAUACAGUUUAGAUAGUUGGAUAGCAUUGAAAUAUCCCAGCAUUGCAAUAUAUGUGGAUACCUGCAGAGAAUGUUAUGAAGCUUAUGUCAUUUACAACUUUAUGGGAUUCCUUACCAAUUACCUAACUAACCGGUAUCCAAAUCUGGUAUUAAUCCUUGAAGCCAAAGAUCAGCAGAAACAUUUCCCUCCUUUGUGUUGCUGUCCACCAUGGACUAUGGGAGAAGUCUUGCUGUUCAGAUGCAAACUGGGUGUAUUACAAUAUACAGUUGUCAGACCAUUCACCACCAUCGUUGCUUUAAUCUGUGAGCUGCUUGGUAUAUAUGAUGAAGGGAACUUUAGCUUUUCAAAUGCUUGGACUUACUUGGUUAUAAUAAAUAAUAUGUCACAGUUGUUUGCCAUGUAUUGUCUCCUCCUGUUUUAUAAAGUACUGAAGGAAGAACUGAGUCCAAUCCAACCUGUUGGCAAAUUUCUUUGUGUAAAGCUGGUGGUUUUUGUUUCUUUUUGGCAAGCAGUAGUUAUUGCUUUGUUGGUAAAAGUUGGCGUUAUUUCUGAAAAGCAUACGUGGGAAUGGCAAACAGUAGAAGCUGUGGCCACAGGACUCCAGGACUUUAUUAUCUGUAUUGAGAUGUUCCUUGCUGCCAUUGCUCAUCACUACACUUUCUCGUAUAAACCGUAUGUCCAAGAAGCAGAAGAGGGCUCAUGCUUUGAUUCCUUUCUUGCCAUGUGGGAUGUUUCAGAUAUUAGGGAUGAUAUUUCUGAACAAGUAAGGCAUGUUGGAAGGACAGUCAUGGGACAUCCUAGGAAAAAGUUUUUUCCUGAGGAUCAAGAUCAAAAUGAACACACAAGCUUGUUAUCCUCGUCAUCACAAGAUGCAAUUUCCAUUGUCUCUUCUGUGCCACCUUCACCCAUGGGUCACUAUCAAGGGUUUGGACACACUGUGACUCCCCAGACUACACCUACCACAGCUAAUGUAUCUGACGACAUAUGUAGUGAUACUACAGGAGAGAAAAAAGAACCUUCAGAUAAGUCCGUGGCCUCCUGAACAGUGUGCAGAAGCUGUGCUACUACCAUGUUAUUUCAUUACCUGGUAUCCCAUUGCUCAGGAUUUUGUGCUUGGGACAAGCCGUUAAUGAUGGAAAAUUUCAACAAAAUGGCGAAAACCAGGUACAACUACUGGAUUCAUAAAACUAGGUUUUGUAUAUCACAAAUAAUCAGUCUAAAUAUCCUAGACUUAGACUUGACUUCUUAACACUACAGAGUAUCACAUACUCAAAUGGUAGAAAGUGACUACUAAACGUUCUUGACGUUACAGUGCUCUAUCAAGAGGAGGACGUUAAAAAAAAAAAAAUCAGUGCUUUCUACCACUGCUGCAUGAAUAUAAUGCUCUGGAAUUAGCAGAAAGUGUAAUUCGAAAAUAUGAAUUAGUGGAACUUAAUUAUAACCAUGUGCCAUAUAUGCUUACCUAACAAUUAUUUCUCUAUUUCUCAACUGGAUGUCUUUCAAUAAAUAAGAAUUUAUCAUUUA